CGGGCGGCCCGGGAGCCUGCGCGCCCCCGCCGUUUCCUAGGAGAUGAAACACACAGGACGCCGGAGCUUCACAAGGGAGGGAGCGAGGGUGUUCAUAAGAAUGGAAGCAGUGUUUCCUUGCCAGGUUCCCUAUUGCUGUAUCUCAUGAACUUACAUAAUCUUGGGGAAAAGCCUGUAUUUAAUGAUGAGAAAUCUGUCAUCAGUAUAGCAACAACAGUGUGAGGACAAAAAUAAAAAAUAAAAAUAAAGGAGGAUUCCAAGUUAUACCCAACAAGGAAGUCAUUUUAAUCAACAAUUUCUGCUGCAUUAUUUUCCAAGAUGAACCGCUACACUACCAUGAGGCAACUGGGGGACGGCACUUAUGGGAGUGUGCUUAUGGGCAAGAACAACGAAUCCGGGGAGCUGGUAGCCAUCAAAAGGAUGAAGAGAAAGUUCUAUUCUUGGGAUGAAUGUAUGAACUUGAGAGAAGUUAAGUCUCUGAAAAAACUUAAUCAUGCGAAUGUGAUUAAACUGAAAGAAGUUAUCAGAGAAAAUGACCAUCUUUAUUUUAUAUUUGAAUAUAUGAAAGAAAACCUCUAUCAAUUAAUGAAAGAUAGAAACAAGUUUUUCCCUGAGUCAGUCAUCAGAAAUAUUAUGUAUCAAAUAUUGCAAGGGCUGGCUUUUAUCCAUAAACAUGGCUUUUUUCAUAGGGAUAUGAAACCAGAAAACUUGCUUUGUAUGGGUCCAGAACUUGUGAAAAUUGCUGAUUUUGGACUUGCAAGAGAAUUAAGGUCACAGCCACCAUAUACUGAUUAUGUAUCUACCAGAUGGUAUCGGGCUCCUGAAGUUUUAUUAAGAUCUUCAGUUUAUAGCUCUCCCAUUGAUAUGUGGGCUGUGGGAAGUAUAAUGGCUGAACUGUAUACAUUAAGGCCACUUUUCCCGGGAACAAGUGAGGUUGAUGAAAUCUUUAAGAUUUGCCAAGUUUUAGGGACUCCCAAAAAAAGUGACUGGCCAGAAGGAUACCAGCUUGCAUCCUCUAUGAAUUUCCGCUUUCCCCAGUGUGUUCCUAUAAACUUAAAAACUCUUAUUCCCAAUGCCAGUAAUGAAGCCAUUCAGCUUAUGAAUGAAAUGUUGAAUUGGGAUCCAAAGAAACGACCAACAGCAAGCCAGGCAUUGAAACAUCCAUAUUUUCAAGUUGGUCAGGUAUUAGGCCCUUCCUUAAAUCACCUGGAAUCAAAACAGCCUUUAAACAAGCACCUGCAACCGUUAGAACCAAAGCCACCUUUAAACAAGCACCUGCAGCCAUUGGAACCAAAGCCACCGUUAGCUGAACUGGAAUCUAAGCCUCUGCAAGACUCAGUUGAUCAGACGGUUGGACAGCCUUAUCCCAAACCCAGCCACCAACCACUGCAGCCCAUUCAGCCGCCACAGAACGUGAGUGUCCAGCAACCUCCAAAGCAACAGAGUCAGCAGAAACCACCACAAACCCUAUUUCCAAGCAUCAUCAAACACAUGCCAACUAAGACAAAUGGCACAGUGGGUCAUAAAAAUGCUAGGAGGCGUUGGGGUCAAGCUGUUUUCAAGUCUGGAGAUAGCUGGGAAGAGUUUGAGGACUAUGAUUUUGGAGCCUCCCAUUCCAAAAAGCCAAGCAUGGGUGUUUUCAAUGAAAAGAGGAAGAAAGAUACUCCAUUUUGGCUUCCAGAGUCUGUCCCCUCGGGCUCCGACCACUCCCUAGGGGAGAAUAAGAGUUUACCUGCAGCUAUUUCUCUAAAAUCUGAUUCUGAAUUAUCAACUGCUUCAACAGCUAAACAGUACUACUUGAAACAAUCAAGAUACCUUCCAGGUGUAAAUCCCAAGAAUGUGUCCUUGAUAGCCAGUGGAAAGGAUAUAGCCCCACAUGCGUGGAACAAUCAGUUGUUUCCUAAGUCAUUGGGACCCACGGGCACAGAACUUGCUUUCAAAAGAAAUAAUGCAGAAGAAAGCAUAAUUAAACCAAUCGAAAAACUAUCAUGCAAUGAAAGUUUUCCUGAAAAAUUAGAGGACCCACAAGGGAAUCUUGGAAGUUAUGCUACUUACAAUCCGUCAGGAUAUAUUCCCUCUGUUCUCAAAAAAGAAGUGGGGUCAGCUGGCCAGAGGAUCCACUUAGCACCUAUUGGUCCAUCAGCUUCAGAAUAUACCUGGAGCACAAAAACUGGUCGGGGGCAGCUUUCAGGACCUCCUUACAACCCUACAGCAAAAAACCUAAAUAUCGUGAACCACGUGCAGCCGGUUCCCUCAGUCCCUGGGAGGACAGACUGGGUGGCUAAGUACGGAGGCCAUCGGUAGGAGUCUCUGGUGUGAAGUCCCACAGCAUUGCCCCACAAACCCUGGGAAAUGUCUACACAUAUCUAUUUCUGCUGAAUUCUGGAAGAAAAAUGCAAUAGUAGGUACUCUGAAGAGCAAAAAUCACCUCCUAUUUAUUUCUUUCUGAGAAAUGAAAUGCAUUUUCUUGGCAUCGUUGCCCACAGUGCUGGUAUAUGAGUAGGACUUAACAAAGUAUUGAAUAAACUAUUUGCCAAAGUAUCGAGCAUUUGAUCUACAUGUUAAUAGAUCGUAAGUUCAAAAGAAACUUUAAAAGAAAAGUCUCCAGAGAGAAAGUGUUUAGAGUGUUACAGUUUUCAUUUGUUGUAUAUUUGCCUAAAUAAUUUAACCUUUCAUCACUUUGCAGUGCUUGACCUGAGAGACUUGGGUUUUUGUUAUUUUUCCAUAGCAAAUUAGGCUGAUCUCAGUGGGCUGUCUGCUGUGGCUCUUAAUUUGGCUAAGGCUCUGCCCUACCACUUUGGCAAUGACAGAAAGAGGGCAAUUAUCAUUUGGUUUUUUGCUGUGAAGCUGUGGGAACGCUGGUAAUUCUAAUCUGGAGCUGGAUGUCUUAGAAAUAAAUGUAUCUUUAACAUAGAGAAUACCCGAGUUAUGCCACCUAAUUUUAGUGGAAAGUCUAUUUGUUUGUUCUUGCCCGAUAUAACUGCGUUGAAUUCGUGGUGACUGCAUUGGCUUGAUGGCUUCUGUGCUAACCAAGUCAAGGUUGUCUUGUCUUCACCUCAAGUCAGUCCUUAAAACUGCAUCUGAUGUUUGUUCAUUGGACUUUAAAAAUGUCCACUGGACACAAAGAUGACACGUGCCAGCUGUUCCUCCCAAACCUACUAGUGCUGCUGCAGGUCACUGACUCAGCCGUGACCUUCACAUUUGCUCUAGAGCAAAUGUGUUCAGCUGCUAUAGCAGUGGUUGCACAUAAAUUUUUUUUUCUGAGUUUUAUGUCUAAAUUGAUAUUUUAAAGACAUUUUGAAUUUAGGAUUAUUCUGUUUAAACCAGCUACUUUAUGGACUGGAGAUUAGCACUAUAUAUUCUUUUUAAAGAAUAAUAGUGUUACGAACAACUUAGAUUUCCAUGUAUUUUAUGACUUUGAAACAAAUGCUAAUGUAAUUGGUGUCUUCUUGUGAACAUUAUCCAAAGGCGGAUUAUAAAAUGAUACGGUAUUUAUGUAUAGAAGAUUCAGCUAUUCAGAUUUCAGAUGUUGAAAAAUGUUAAAAUCUAAAGAGUAUUUAUCCUAGAGGUUAUAUGUAUUUGUACAGUUUAAUGUCUCAAAACUAAAAAAGUCUUUUGUGUUG